AUGGAUAACGAAGACAAAAAAAAACGGGGUGUUAAUUGGUCCAAAGCAGAAAUAAACCUGUUUAUGAAUUGUUUACUCCCUCACAUCAAUGUAAUCGAGAACAAACAGACUGAUGGGGUAUCUUUAAGAGAGAAACAAACAAAAUGGAAAAAGGUGCAUGAAAAUUUUAUUGCACAGAAUACCGAUCAGGCCAGGGACUUAACAUCUCUUAAAUUAAAAUAUGAUAACAUCAAGAGAAAUUUAAAAAAGAAAAUUCAAAACAAUAAAAAGCAGUUGACAAAAACCGGCGGAGGACCACCACAGGAAGAACCACUCUUAUGGUAUGAGGAAGCUUUAUAUCAGGUGCUUCAAGUGAGUAUUGAUGGGCUACCAUCAGAAGGCGAUUCCGAUGCCCUAACGACCCCUUUGAAAAAAAAUGACCCAAAACCCAGCACAUCAUAUUCAUUUCGCGCCUUGUUGGAAGAUAAUCCAGAUGGGGAGGCAUUAAGGACAGUCGAAAUAGUCGAAAUAGAUGUCGUUUCUGAUAUUGGAGAAAGCUCUACCAGAGCAGUGUCUGAUUGGAGAUCUAAAGUCAAAGCAAAGGCUGCAGACAUAAAUCAGGGAUUAAGCCAAACUGGAGGAGGUGGACCUAUGCCUCCUUUGAAUGAUAAUGAGAAACGUUUAUUAGCAAUUUUAGGAUGGACAUCAGUGACUGGAACUAAUAUAGAAGAACUAGGAAUUCCAACUAAAGCCUUGGAAUCUACAGCCCAAUCUGGUUCUACAGCAGAAGGUACAUAUAUUGAAUAUCUAGGCAGAGAUGUUUCACUUUCUCCUCCACCAUUAAUUUGGAACAAAGACUUGGGGGAAAGCAUGACAACGACAACCAACGAUGAAGUCUCCGUCCGAAAGAAUGUUGAAGAAGGUCCAAGAAAAGCUGAGGAUGAAUCAGUUAGACAAACGGAUGCCCAAAGUAGUUACCUGCAAACUGAAGAUAAGCUAGGAAUCGCCGAAUCAGAUAAAAAUUUUGAUCAAAUUCAAAAUUCUAAAGAUCAAAAUCAAAGCCAAAAGAUUUUUAAAAAAAGCAACAACAAAAGAGCAAGACAAGGGCCGUUGACCUCAUCGGAAGAUGAAAUCGAAAUUGCCCCUGUCACUUCAGAAACAGUGGAUAUCGAAGUUGAAAUCCAUGCACCACCUUCCGCCCAAAAAAAUAAUAAUAAUCAUGACAUAGACUCAGACAGCGGAGCAGAAUCUCAAUAUCUGCACCCGCGCGGCGACUUCCCCGCACUCAAAAAAAAACAAUACAAACCCCUUAAACAUGCCAGAAAAUCACUUAAAAAUUAA